GGGGCGGGCGGAACGCGUGGGUCCCGGCGCCGGGCGCGGGGUCCAGGGAGCGGCGCGGGCUGCGGAGGGGAGCAUGGCGUCGUGCGGCCCAGUGCGGCCGCUGCUGCUGCUCGUGCUGCUGGCCGGCGCGGCGCGAGCCGGCCUCUACUUCCGCCCGGGCCAGACCUGCUACCGGCCACUGCGGGGAGACCAGCUGUCGCAGCUGGGACGCAGGACAUACCCAAGGCCUCAUGAGUACCUGUCCCCAUCCGAUCUCCCCAAGAACUGGGACUGGCGAAACGUGGAUGGUGUCAACUACGCCAGCGUCACCAGGAACCAGCACAUCCCCCAGUACUGUGGCUCCUGCUGGGCCCAUGGCAGCACUAGCGCCAUGGCAGAUCGCAUCAACAUCAAGAGGAAGGGGGCGUGGCCCUCCGCCCUGCUCUCGGUGCAGCACGUCAUCGACUGCGGUAAUGCUGGCUCCUGCGAGGGCGGCAACGACCUGCCCGUGUGGGAGUACGCCCACCUGCACGGCAUCCCCGACGAGACCUGCAACAACUACCAGGCCAGGGACCAGGAGUGUGACAAGUUCAACCAGUGUGGGACCUGCACCGAAUUCAAGGAGUGCCACACCAUCCAGAACUACACCCUCUGGAGAGUGGGCGACUACGGCUCCCUCUCAGGGCGGGAGAAGAUGAUGGCAGAGAUCUACACCAACGGCCCCAUCAGCUGCGGCAUAAUGGCAACAGAAAGGAUGGCCAACUACACUGGAGGCAUCUAUGCCGAGUACCAGGACAAGGCCUACGUGAACCACAUCAUUUCAGUGGCCGGCUGGGGCAUCAGCAGUGACGGGACCGAGUACUGGAUUGUCCGGAACUCAUGGGGUGAACCAUGGGGCGAGAGAGGCUGGAUGAGGAUUGUGACAAGCACCUACAAGGACGGCAGGGGCGCCAGCUACAACCUGGCCAUUGAGGAAUACUGCACCUUUGGGGACCCCAUCGUCUAGGGUGGACGCCUCUGCAGGAGCUUACGGGAGUCACGACCCUGUGCGCCAGGCCACUUACAGGACUGGACGACUGUCGACCUUGGACACUGGUCACCACACUGAACACCUAGAAGGGCGCCUGUCAACAUGAGAACCACGUGGUGCUGGCUAAGAGCACCCUGAGAAGAGCUGACCACUGAUGACUUAAGUACCUGCACAAGGUGGCUCCGUCGGCUGAGACAGGAAACACGGGACCUGGUGUCUUCAGCAGGGGCCUUGGUAUUUUGUGUUUAGCAACUGUGGUCUCUCAUUUCACAGUUAAGAGGUAAAGUGGUUCAGACUUAUCACCAGUUCUUAAGUCACCUUGGAUUCAGUGUGGGAAGGGAGGUGGUGGUUUCAAAUUGUCCCAGUGAUGAAUAAAAUAUCUGGCUUCACCCAAGGCCAAGGCCCAGCAUGCCAUGUUUACAAAGAACACAACACCAGGACCUGCACCUUUCAACUCAGCACAAAGGCUUUUUAAAAAUUUUUAUUCUUAGCAAAUUUAAACAAUUACAAUAAAAUAUCAACUAAC